CCCCCUUAUUUCAUUUAACACGUCACAACUUUAACCAGCUACCAAACAACAGGAAUUAUCAUCACUAACAUAUUGGGACAUCACUUUUCUGAAAAAACCUUUUCAUAAUAUCUCAUCACUUUCGUCUUCUUCCUCAAAGUCCCAUUAACAAUGGAACUUCUCUCUUUUCCAUCACUCAUUUUCAUUGCCCUUAUCUCCAUUGUUUUCUUACUAUUCCUCACUAUUAAAAAUCCCAAUAAACAUGGCUUCAAAAUCUACCCACUCGUCGGAGCACUGCCGGAGUUUCUCCUCAACCGUCACCGUUUUCUCGAAUGGGCUACUGAUGUCCUCUCUUCUUGCCCGACCAACACCUCUGUCUUUUACCGCCCUGGUAAUGUUCACGGUGUCCUGACAGCAAAUCCUCUCAAUGUCGAACACAUGUUGAAGAAUAAUUUCGAGAAUUUUCCUAAAGGUUAUAGAUUUUAUACUAGGCUUGAAGAUUUUCUUGGUGAUGGAAUAUUUAAUGUUGAUGGUGAAGCUUGGAGGAUUCAAAGGAAAUCAGCUAGCUAUGAGUUUAGUACUAGGUCUUUAAGGAAUUUUGUUAUGGAAACUGCACAGGUGGAGAUACACACACGUUUGAUUCCACUACUCCAAGAAGCAGCUAAAAGUGAUACCACCAUUAUUGACAUUCAAGACAUUUUAGAAAGAUUUGCAUUUGACAACAUCAUCAAGCUUGCAUUCAAUGUGGAUCCAAAUUGUUUAGGAGGAGCUGAAAGUGAAUUCAUGCAAGCUUUUGAAAUUGCAGCAACUCUAAGUUCAGGUAGGUUCAUGUAUGCUAUCCCCUUCAUGUACAAAAUCAAGAAAAUCUUCGACAUUGGUUCGGAGAAAAAGCUACAAAAAUCAAUCAAGAUUGUGCAUGAAUUCGCGGAUAAGAUCAUAAGUUCAAGAAUGGAAGAGCGCGCUGAGAAGAAAGAUGAAGAUUUGUUAUCAAGAUUCAUGGGGGAUAAUACUAAUCAGUUCUCAGCUAAGUUCUUGAGGGACAUUGUCAUCAGUUUCAUCCUAGCUGGUCGAGACACAACAUCGGCAGCUCUAACAUGGUUCUUUUGGAUAUUGUCUUCAAGGAAAGAUAUAGAGCAAAAGAUAUUAGAAGAACUAGUUCAAAUUCGUCGAAGAUAUGGGAAGAAGAUUGGUGAAGCUUAUAGUUUCGACGAGUUAAGAGAAAUGCAGUAUCUACAUGCAGCUAUUUCUGAAGCAAUGAGGCUAUAUCCACCAGUACCAAUUGAUACAAGGUGUUGUUUGAAAGAUGACAUUUUACCAGAUGGGACUUUUAUUGGUAAAGGUUGGUUUAUGAGUUAUCAAACUUAUAGUAUGGGAAGAAUGGAGAGUAUAUGGGGUAAAGAUUGUUGUGAGUAUAAACCAGAAAGAUGGUUUGAUGAGAAUGGGGUUUAUAAACACGAAAGUCCAUUUAAAUUUCCAGUAUUUCAUGCUGGACCAAGAAUGUGUCUUGGAAAAGACAUGGCUUAUAUUCAAAUGAAGUCAAUUGCAGCUUCUGUGUUGGAAAAGUUUGAAUUUGAUGUUCAGUUGGAGAAUGAGAAGUGUCCUGAGUAUAUCUUAUCUUUGACUCUAAGAAUGAAAGGAGGUUUGGCUGUGAAGGUGAAAGAAAGAUGUAUCACCAACAGUUAAUUCUGUGUUUCGGGUUUUGUAUUGUAUCGAACCCCCCCACAGGUCCACAUGGCAGCGAUUCAACUAAAGAUUGAUUCUAGUGGGCAUAGUUAUGAUCAUGGUAGUUACGGUGAAGUGAGCACGAGUAUCAAUUUCUAAGCCCACCAGUGGAUGUUUGGGAAAGUUAAUUGCUAUUCCACGAGGCAAUGCAUAUCGAUGUAAUAAAAGUGAAGGGCUCAUAACAAUGACGAAACAUCCUGAAUAAUGGUCAAGAGUGUGUAUAUUAUAAUUAUGGUGAUAUAAUGUCUACUUUUAUUAAGAAGAUUUUGUUGUUAAUUUCAUGGUGUAUAUAUAUCUUGCAUACUUUGAAAGAAAGAAAAAAGUUUUGGUUACUUCUAA